AGCUCAGUCGUUUUUACAACCCAACGCUUUGUUGUAUGUACGUGUUGGUUUUGGCAAAGCAAACUGCAAAAGAAGGCGAAGCUGGUUUGAACUACAAGAAGAGGGCCAUUGUGUCUGAAGGGACUGUCUACUGUCUUUUCCUCCCUGAGCUCUCCUCUGUCAAGAAACCUGUUGGUUGCUCCUAACAUCUUAGAAGUUGGCGAUAACGCCAGCAACUGAUAUUCGUAACCUCAACCAGAAAUUUAUUCGAAAAUGUCUUUGGCUAAACUCGUUGAUAAAGCUACGAGCAGCGAGAACUUAGAUCCCGACUGGGAAUCUAUUAUGGCGAUUUGUGACAAGAUCCGUGGAAAAGAAGUGACAUUUAAGAAAGUAUUGCCACUAAUCAAGAAGAAGCUUCAUGAUCGCAGCCCACACGUCCAGCAUUAUGCGUUGAUGGUUGUUGAAGCAUGUGUAAAGAACUGCGGUAGCUCGGUCCACGAUGAAGUGGCAGCAAAACCCUUCAUGGAAGAACUGCACGAGUUGGUGAAGGCCGGUGCCCCUCCGUUAGUGAAAGAAAAGGUCCUUGGCCUUGUACAGGCAUGGAAGCAUGCAUUCAAAGGACAGCAUAAGUAUGGCGCUGUUGAGCUGACUUUCACCUUGAUGCAACGUGAAGGCUUUGUGUUCCCACCUCACAUUGAAAGCGAGGCCAUGUUCACCUCUGAAGGCCCUCCAGACUGGGUCGAUGACAAGGAGGCCACACAGUGCCACUUGUGUCGCACUGCGUUUGGCGUAUUUACACGCAGGCACCAUUGCCGUAACUGUGGAAAUGUCUUCUGCGACCAAUGCUCUUCAAAGGAGUCCACCAUUCCGAAGUAUGGUUACGAGACACCAGUGCGAGUCUGCGACACCUGCUACUCACAGCUGGAUGGCUCAAGAGAGGGACCAAGUCCACCAUCUAGUGGUGAUGCAUCACGGCCAGCUACUAAUGACGGAGACCUUCCUCUUGAGUACCUUCAGAGCAAUUUGGCAAAGGAGUCUCAAGCCCCGCCGACAACCAAUCCUCACCGAGAGCGUGAACUUCAGGAGGAAGAGGAGUUGCAAAUUGCCAUGGCAAUGUCUCUCAAUGAAGAAGAGAAUAAGAAGAAGAAGGCAAGCAAGCCCAAGUCAUCAGCUAGUAGCGGGGGAGCAGCUAGUGGCUUUCCUCAGUCCACUGGUGUCAGUACAUCCGCCUCUGCAUCGCCAGCAUAUGCAUCUACCACUGCCAGUAGCAGUAGUGCAUCUGCGUAUCGCCAGCCGGCACCAGAAUCUUCCUACCGACCUUCGCCUGCAGCUGCUCCUGCUGCGUCAAGAUAUUCUGCACCUCCACAGGCUGAAAGACGUCAGCCUGCUCCAGCAGCCGUUGCUACUCCUGCUGCUGCUGCGGGAGGGCGAUCUGGCUGGCCAGCUGAACCAGUUUACCAAGCGCCUGCUUCAGUAGCAGCCGAGCCGCCGCCACCAGCCCUUCCUGUGGGGCCUGGAGCUGCGUUUGCGGGUGCGGGCGGAAAGGAGGAACAGGACACCAACGUUCUGAAGGCCAGCUUACAACAGAGCAUAGACAUGUUUGUGGAUCGCAUGCAAGCAGUGCACAAUUCUGGUCGCAGCAUCGCACUGGAUGCAUCGGUUCAGACACUAUUCCACUCGCUGUCAGCAAUGCAUCCGCCACUCCUAGCCGCCAUUGAGGAGCAAGAUCGGGAGAAAGCCCACUAUGUUGAUUUGGAAAAGAAAUUAAAGGAAGCCAAAGAAGCUCGAGUGUCUUUGAACACCAUGCGCAGAACACAUGCUGACAAGGUUCGACAGCAGGAAGCUGAACUGGAGGUGCUGGCACGCAUCCAGAUGCAGCAAAAGCUGGAAUUGCUGCGGCAGCAGAAGAAUGAGCAGCAAGAGCACAUGGAAGAUCUGCGCAAGCAGCGUCAAGGAGAGCUGCAACGACAAUUGCAACAACAGCAACAGCUCGAAUCGCAGCAGCAAGCAGAAGCACAGAAGGCUCUUGCUUAUCAGCAGAUGCAGAUGUUGCAAGAGCAGCAAGCUCAGAUUCAUGCUAUGUCAGCUGCUUUCAGUCAUGCCGACCCAGCUCAGGCUCACCCUCAGCCUGGUUUCCAGCAGCAGCAGCCGCCUUCAGUGCAAGCACCACAGCCACAAUAUGACGCUGCACCUAUUCAGCAGCCACCACAGCAGCCUCAGCAGUAUCAGACACAAUCCCAGCAGCCGCAGCAACAGCAACAACAACAGCAACAGUAUCAACAGCAGCCAGUGCAAUACCAACAGCCACCGCCGCAACCUCUGCCGCAGCACCCUCCCCAGCCUGUUGCAAGUCAGGCCCAGGUACAGCAGCCAGCUCCUGUACAACAGGCUGCUUUCCCACCACAACAAGCUGUACAGCAACAACCAGCUCAGCCACAGUUUUCACAACCACAGCAGCAACACCAUCAGCCUGCUCCUCAGCCGUAUUAUGCACCGCAGCAGUUUCAACCACCAGCACAGACUCAACCACAGCAGCCUGGAUAUGCAGCUGGUUAUGGUGGCUAUGAUGUAAGUCAUAUGCAGCAGCAGCCUACUGGGCCAGCUAUGGUGCCACCGGCUGGGGGUGGUGGUGCCCCUGACCAACAACUAAUUUCCUUUGAUUAGCUGACUGUAUGUGUACAUUGUUAUACCUGCAGUAGCUGUGCUAUGUGUGCGUAUGCUGCUGCCACUGAUGAUUGUAGAUCCUUUAUGUUUGUGAAGGGGCAACUUACCACACUGUACUGCCAUCUGUUGUAAGGUGCAAGUGCUGUGGCUUGUAGUGAUUUCCUCCUCUCCAUUUAACUGCUGUUUGUGUAUCCCUUGGUUUUAUGUCGCUUCUAUUCACUCCCUUUUAUGUUUGUUUUUUAACUCAUUGCAUGCUUUUCACCGAUACCAGAUAAUGGUUGCUAUUUUGACCACCGCUUUUCGCUCUCUUCAUGGAAUUGGACACCGGUCGCCUGUCAGCUUGAAUUGCGCCAAGUUGUUGUGUUUGAAAGGAUUUGUUGUACUGUAAGCGAUGUUUACACACUGCAAAUUGGCUGCAUCUUUAGUAGUUGUAGUAGUAUUAUUUACUUUAUUUCUGUGUAACAAAUCUAACGUCUAAUCUUACAGCUAGUAUGUGUAGUCGUGUACAUGUCAUAGGGUUCUGCUGUAUUUGUUUUUAUCUUCACUGGUCAUGCCAAUUCAUUCAUAGUUUCUGCAUCCAUGCAAUCGGUGCCUCCUCGCCAGGUUUCAGUCAAAGUACUUCUAAGUACAGCUGUAUUUGACCGGCUGAAUAGUUGCACGUGCACGUCAUGUUCCUCGUUUCAGUGAGCGUUUAUAACUCACGAUAUCCCACAUUUUA